GGUAUUAAAUUGAUUAAACAGGAAGAUAAAACUCUGAUCGAAGCUAUACAAAACGAAAAAACAUUCGUUGGACCUUCGCUGUUAUAUUUGAAACGUCUCGCAAAUUAUGCGGUAACACAAAAUUUUCAAGCCACAUUUUUUGGAGUCGACUCCAAGCAAUGCCAAGCAAUCCCAAUUUGAAGAUAAUUCUAAUGUCAGCAACGCUAAACAGCGAAAAAUUCAGUAGAUAUUUCAAUGGUUGUCCGAUUAUCGAUGUGCCUGGAUGUACUUUUGAUGUUCAAACUAUGCAUCUCGAAGAAGUAUUAAUCAAAACAGAAUACAAAAUGAGCAAAAUGGCGACAUAUUUGGAAGAGAAUCAAGUAUCGCAAAUUCGGCGUAUAAAAGAUGAAGACAUGCCGCGAUCAUAUCGCUUAAUGUGCGACAGUCGCCUGGAUUCUUAUAUUUUGCGAAAAGAUUGUGAAUCAUUUGAAAACGUUUUUUCUCUCAUUGAAGGCGACUACAUGCCGGCCAAUUAUGUUCAUCGUACAAAGCAACGCACCGUGUUGGGAAUUGCUGCGGAAAAUGGUUCACUGAAUAUGAUGUUAAAGCUUUUGGCUUUUGGUGAAAGUGCGACCUUUAAAGAUCCAUUUGGUAAAAGCGCAAUUGAUUAUGCGAAAGAAAAUAAACAAGAGGAAUGUUGUGAGGGUUGUGAGCUCUUAAUGUGUUAUGAACGUGUGACAUCCACCACAACAUGGAAAAAAUUACGUGGAAAUUGGAAGAGCGUAUCGAUCAACACAAGCUACGACGAUAUAUGCGAACAACAUGAAAAGUUAGUAAGCGUACAUGGAUUACAGGAUUGGGGUUAUAAGAUUUUUGCGCUGCAUAGCGAACUAAAUGAUGAAAACAAUGAGGGUCAUGCUCAUGUCUUUGAUCGCAUGGAAAAUGGCGUUCGAAAAAUAAUAUUAUCUACAAAUAUUGCAGAAACAGCACUUACAAUAGAUGAUGUCGUCUACGUUAUUGAUGCCGGAAAAGCAAAAUCGCUGUUUUAUGACGCGGAAACCAAAUCGACCAUUCUCGAAUUAAAGUCUAUUUCACAGGCAUGUGCAAAACAGCGCAGUGGCAGAGCUGGUCGCGUUCAAAACGGCUUCUGUUAUCGUUUGUAUUCAUUGGAACAAUACAAAAUGAUGCACAAAUAUAAGCCAGCAGAAAUU